UUCAAUCAAAUACAUAUAUUUACGUCUGAUAAUUAUUAUAUUUUAUGCAUUUGUACAAAAUUAUUCGUUUCAAAUAUAUUAAAAUAAUUUUCAAUGACAAUGGAAAUACAUAAUAAAAAAAAGUUCUAUUGCUAAUUAUACAUCGGAUAAAUUUUUUGGCCACUUCUUCUCCAUCUUCAUUGGAGGAUAGAAAUUUGAAUUCUUCUAAAUUGGAAAUUAAUAAUAAAGCAGAUAAACAUUUUCAUGAAAUUGGCGCAGAAAUGCUGGGAAAUUAUUUAACAAUAAGAAUGGAGAAAGAUAAACACAAAAGAAAGAAGAAAGACAAUCAAUGGGAACCUAUUUGCGAUUGUGAUAUAGUUGAAAUUAAAAGACCCACUAGAAAAGAAGGUCCAAAAAUUGUUAACGCCGGUGAUAAUAAUCAAAUUUUAUUUCGCAUCCAUUCGAAAAAUCAUUUAAAUCUCAAAGAUGAAUCAAAUUACAAGCCACAAGCUAUUGCUUAUAAGAUUGGACCGGCAAAUGGAGGAGAAAACGGAAGUAGUAAUUGCAAAACAAUUACAGUACAUCCUCAAUUAGGUGGUAUUGGCGCUCAGGAAGUGUUUAAUGAUCACGUGACAGAGGGAAAUCAGGAUAUAUUUCUUCUUAGGGUAAAGAAAAAAGAUGACACUUUUAAUCAAGCGAAAAGAAAUAUUGAAGUUGAACUUCGUACUCCAAAACCACCAACUCCUCCUCCUCCUUCUCCUCCUCGUACUCCUUCACCACCAAAGGAAUUAUCUUCCCAAAUAGAAGAAAAGCCACCUGUUGAAGAAAAAUCUAAAAAAACGAAAAAAGUUUCGAAAAAAAAUAAUCGUAAAAAGAAGAAAUAACUAAAUUCAUUGAUUCUUUAAAAAUUUUACUGUAAAAUUAUAUUUAAGGGUUAGUCCACUGACUUUCGUCUAAUAGUGUUUGCGACCAAAUUUUAAAAAAAUCUAGUUUUAAUAUAUGUGAAACUCGAUGAUUCCCUGAGUUCAUUAACCAUAAUAUUAUGGUAAAAAUUUUAUUCCCUUUAAAAAUAUUAAAUAUCAAAAGUAGGAGGUUCACAAUGUGAUUUUGUAACCUUAAAUUUUUCAAUUUUUUUAAAAACGCUAUUAUUAAAUAACUAUUAAAAAUUAUAUGUUGUAACUCACCAAAAACAUAAAUCACUUUAUUCUGCACAGAGGA